AUGACGGAGGAUGAGACACGGCUGCCCUGUCAGUUCCAGGUUCAGGAGAACGAACAGGUAGUUCAGGUCAGCUGGAUCAAGGAGCUACCUGAUGGCACCAAGGAACAUAUCAUCACCGCCCACCGCACAGAGGGACACACAGAGUUUGGGCGGUACUCUGGGAGAGUGAGGUUUGAGAGCAGUCGCUCCAUGGUGAACUCUGCUCUGCUCAUCCUGACCACGGAGGAGUCUGAUGAGGGGAAAUACAUCUGUCACAUCAGCACAUUCCCCUAUGGGAACUUUGAGAGGAAGCUGUCACUCACUGUGUGGACCUUCCCCAUCUCCUCUCUGGACCCGGUGGUUCUGGAGGAGGGCCAGUCCUUCCACGUGGCUGCCUCCUGCCGCUCUGUGGCUCGCCCUCCACCCCGCCUGACCUGGGACACGGACCUUCCUGGCCAGGCCCAGAACCGCAGCUCCGAGGGCGGGGCCGUGUCCACCCACUUCUCCCUGCACCCCCUGAGGAGCAUGAAUGGCAUGCGGUUGGACUGCCUGGUCUGGCACCCUGCUCUGGAACAACCCCGCAGGAUCAGCAACCGCCUGGUGGUGCAAUUUCCCCCAGAUGCAUCUGUCACCGGCUUUGAUGGCAACUGGUACAUGGGACUGAAGGAAGCUGAACUCCGUUGUGAGUCUGGAGGAAACCCCAAACCAAAAAACUUCACCUGGACCAGGGAUGGUAAGGCUCUGCCAGAUGGUCUGACUGUGGAUGGAGCAAGGCUUCUGUUUGGCCGAGCCCUGAGACGGAAUGACACUGGAGUUUAUGAAUGUGUGGUGAACAACGGCGUUGGGACAAGGAAAGUAAAAUGUAACAUCACAGUUACAGAGACAUCUCGGAGUGUGCAGGAAGUGAUCUUUGACACUCUAGUGAUGAUCAUUAUAGCUGUGGCUGCUGGGGUGUUGGUCAUCGUCAUGAUCAUCGUCAUCAUUUUAGUCAACCGAUACCACAGACGCAAAAACAGCAAAUUAGAGAUGGAGCUUAGUAAAAGGAUGUGA